AUGAAGCAAUUUCAAAAUCAACCAGAAGACGCAGUUCCAGGAGAAAAUGAAAAUCAAGAACGACACGCAGUUUCAGGAGCAAAUGAAAAUCAAAGAUACGUAGUUCCAGGAGCAAAUGAAAAUCAAGGACACGUAGUUCCAGGAGAAAAUCAAGGUCUAGCUUCUGCGCUAAGAAAAUCUAUUUCAAUACCAAUGUUUUUAUUUUAUGUAUCUGAAUAUAUUACACAUACAGUUCGUUAUUAUAAUUUUAAUGAAAAUUAUGCAGAAAGUAUAAAAACACAAUUAGCAUUUCGUAAUGCUAUUAUAUUAGGUCUUGAUUUAUUUGCGUAUAGUUUCAAAAUACUAUAUUUCAGUUGUAAUCGAAACUAUACGGAGCCACUUGAAGAGCAGAAUGGAGAAAAUAGUCCACUUAUCCCCUCUACUCCUACAGGAGGAGAACUAGAACUGAGACAAAAUUCUUAUUAUGAAAAUUUAGUUUGUGUUUGUCUCUCAUUAUUACUACAUAUUUUAAAUAUUAUUAUAAUAUUACUAAUUAAUUUAAAACAUGAAACAACAUUGUGUCAAUUUAGUACAACAUAUAUGAUAUCAAUUAUAGAAAAUAUAUUAAUAUUUGAAGUAUUGCAUUUAGGUCUUGAUUUAAUUGUUAGAACUAAAGCACAUCGAGCUAUCAUGCAUAUUCGAAAUCAUCAUUACGAUCCUUAA